AUGCUGCUCCAGAAAGGGAAAAACGCAGAGAAGUUCCCACAAUUUGUUGUCGCCCCAUUCGAUGGGCUAUUCAUUCGAUUCCGGGGAAUCCAGAUUCCCUUUAUUUGGAAUACAAUUCGAUUAGAAUUGACUUCUGUCGAGUGGCGGAAGGGAGAGAGCCGGAGCCCGGGAAAAUACUUUCACGUAAUGCCCCGAAAUGGACAUCGACCGAUAACAAUGAGCCACAUUAAUUGUUUGCCAUUGUACCAAAGCCCCCCCUCUUCCUCGUUUUUUAUAUCUCCCCAGGACAAUGGAAACGCUGACGCGGCCAAAAAUGAAUUCGAAGAUCCAUGCGAUUCCACAAGUGUCUCUCGCUCUGCUCUUCUUUUUUCACGCACUUUGUGAAGUGGUUAGAUAAUCCAUUGUUUACGGGGGAUGAUCGGCCAGAAGAACCGAACCGAACUGAACUCGAACGAAGUUGAUGGAGGCCCGAAAACCGUUUGGUCAUUUUGGCAGCGGGAAGAUUUCGGAAUCGAUAUUGAAAUUCGUCUCACGUUUGUUUCUUGUAAUUGCAGCCAACUUGGCAGACAGCCAGGCAUCUGGAUUGGUCACGGAAUGAGUGUUGCAUUACUUGACCAAAAGAAGCUACUGAAGUGGGAAAUUAACCUUUAAAAGUUGUAAUUUAAAUAGAACAAAUGGUUGGACAAUGUUUUGGUUUGAAAACUUCCCACCUAACGCAACCUUCCCCCAAUCAAUCAAUCCUCGAAUGGCAUUCCAAUGUUUUCCACCACCCUUCUUCUCACAAAAUGGAAAGACUGCACUUGACAGAGAACUGGGUUGUUUACCCAACCACCGCCAUUGCCAUUUCAUCUUAAUCUAUCAACCACCUUUCAAAACCCCUGCACCAUUCAUACGAAACAGAUCCAUCGAUCGAAACGCGCAGAAGACUCUCUUCAGAAAUCAAAACUCAAUGGUAGUUUCGACAAUCGCAUUGGGGCGUUUUAAGAAUAACAACAAUAACUAAGAAAGGAAAACGGGCAGCAUUCGAGAAAUGAAAUCGAAUCAAAUGAUGUGUAUAAAAUGAAAAUAACACAAAGGUAAACACCAACAAUAAUAAAGUCGGCUGGGGAAAAAUGCGCAACAAAACCAUACAAUAAAAACCAAGAAAAAUAACUACAAAAGCGCAAAGUAUCCACAAUGCUGUUCAGCUGAGGGUGAGAUGUUACUGUUGUGCACUGGGCGAAAAUACUGACUAUGAAUAGAUAUUACUAUUGAAAAUAAUAUUAACUUAUUUUCUUAUCAUGUAAUUAAUGCAGCGAUGUGGAAUUGCUAACGUAAAUAUUUUAAUAAUGCAAAUGAAAUGGUUACACAUAUUUUCUCCGAGUGCAUCUGCUGUUGCUGUUGUCCAUGUUGCUGUUGCUAUGUUGCCGUGUUGCUGGCGGCGCUGCAGACAAGCAACAUCGAGCGAAGACAACAACAUGCGAGCGGAGGGACUGAGACUCUUAACCUUUGACGCCCGAACAAUGAAGUGGUUAAAAGCAAGACAUUAACACACAGACACACAGGCGGCGACUGUAGGGUAGCGAGGGAGCCGCGGGGACCACGGACUUGUAGCACUCGAGUGGAAUGACAGAAAUUAGUGAAAUUUAUUAUUGAUAUCCACUUGAAUUUAUAGAGCAGCGAACAAAGCAGCCAACCCUCACCUUUCCCCGUCUAAAAGGUGUAUCUUUGUUGGCCUGGCGGUGGCGUUCCAAGCCGUCUCCCUAUUUUUCAGCUGCUGCAGCUGAAAUUGAUGGGCCAGGAGCCGUGUGGAACCAGUGAAUAUGGUUUUGGCCCGAUCUAAUGCGUGUGAUAAACAGGUUCGCCUGGUAGGUGUCGCUUGGCCCAUAAGUUAUGGCCCAAAGACAAUAAAAUGCACACCGGGCAGCAGCGCUAAUAUCCGAUAGAUACUUGACUCACCGCUGCGAUCCCAUCUUAACUGAACUGAUCUGAUCUGAGAUGCGCUUUCUUUUCGUUACCAACUUGAUUUGCCUGUAUUGUACUUUAUUGAGCCACCCAGAACACCCGCAGCAAUAUGAAAUAUCCAAGAGUUCGUCAGCAGCCGUUGAAUUUCCGAGAAAACUUACGCACAACAAUAGAGUUAUUUAGGGCCGAACAUUAUUGAUUUGAAAUAUCACACGAAAUAACCAAAGUGCGCGUUGAAAUAACAGGCCAGAUCAUCGCUGGCUUCUUGGCCACGAAACAGCUUGGGUCACUCCAAGAAAAUUUUUAAUUCAGAUACUAAUUUAUAAAGAAUAAUCUUUUCUUUAUAUUUCACAUUUUACAGAUAAUCCCAAAGCUUGGAAGAAUAUAUGAUUGAUAUACAUUAGAUUGGAAUGCGUUUGCAUUUCUAGAGUAACUAUAUUUUCUCACAGUGCAUUUCCUUGAGCGGUAAAAAGCCGCCGAACGCCGAACACGCUCCACACUUGAGUUCUGACGGACUCGAGUGCUUGGGGAAUGGACGAGACUCCACCUCAAGAUCCCAGCCCCAAAACUCAAAACUCAAGACUCGAGACCACAGAUCCCCAGACCACAAGACACCCAAAGCCCCGAGACAGGGAGGAGCACUCUUGAGAGACCCUCGUGCUCGUGCCCCGUUUCAAAUGUUUCGUUAAAAAGAGGAAUUGUGGAACCUUUAAUUAAACGGUGGCCUAAAAUAUGCAAACGAGCCGGAGUCUUCGGAGAUCCGAGAACGGAGAAUGGAGACGUGGGGCCAGUCCGACUCAUAACUCAUUUCCGAGCAGCUGGCAAGCAGCACUUUGCAUACUGAAGGCGCUGCUAAACGGAUCACGCCCCACUUUCAACACAGAUAUGUGUAUAUCCAAGGAUCAAAAAUAUAAAAAAAAGUUAAGAAGAAAAGAGCACACGUCCUUCGGGCAUUCGCUGAUCUUUUUUCGGCAGUCAGGUGGGAGGAUCCAUGCGGGCAGAGGCUACUGGAAAAAAAGAGCCUCGAAAUUUGCAUGGACCGUGAACAUUUUGAUUAUGGUUUUGGUUUUGGUGUUCGGUUUCUGGGCUCCCCGAAAGAAAUCUCAUUUAAAAUCGAUUUAUGCAGGAAUUAAAAUUCAGUUUAGCCGGGCAACCCUUUUCCUCCUCCAGCUAUGCCCGUUUCCCAUCCCCGCCGAACUGUCCAUCAGCCGGAUUCUCGGACUCGGGCUCGGACUCGGACUCGAAGUCUACGAAGUUGAGAAAUUAGUAAAACUCAUUUUGCAUUUUUAGCCUCUGGGCUUAAACUUAAUUCGGAAGCACAGCAGGAGGUUCUAAGUAAAUAAAUGUGCCUCGAGUCGGCGGAGUCUUGGAGAACUGGAGUGCCCGGGGUCCUGUGUUGGUUCGUUUAAUUUGCAUUUUAUUGCUGGAAAAGAAGGAGACCCGACCUGGUCGCUGGAAUUCUGCGACUGCAGCCAAUUAAGCGUAUAUUUGCCACGCUUUACAGCUUUCCGCAACCAUUGAGCCGCGUUCUCCAUUCUUCCAUGCUCUACUUUAGCCAUCCAGAGGAGAUAAAAAUGAUUAAAAGCCUCCUCCA